AAGACUUGUAGAUAACAACACAAGUCAGAAGUCCCAGUCUGUUAUCAUGCUGUCAAGCUACUUUACAUUGUUUGGAUUAGCUCUGAUAACCAUAUUUCAGGAUACUUGCAGUGCAAAAGAUACAUACAGUGCAGUGGUUGUGGAAUAUUCUCCAUCUCAAGACCCAUCAAUAGACCCAAGCACCAACAUCCUCCUUAAUGUUAUGAACUAUGGCCACAUCACCAACAUCGCUAAUGAAAACUUCUUGCCAGAUAUUAUUGUGUUCCCGGAGAUUGGUUUAAAAGGUUAUGGCAACCAAGAACAAUACCUGUUUAUUCCAGACCCUGAUGACAAAGUGAGACCAUGUGCUUACAACACUACUUAUGAAGCUCCAUUAGUGCAGCUGUCUUGUAUUGCUCGGGCCACGGAGACUUACCUGGUAGUCAACCUGGGAGAGAAAUAUUUCAACAUCUCUCAGCAAAAAAACGUUUACUUCAACACUGACGUUGUGUUUGACUCGACUGGAACAAUCAUUGUGAGGUACAGAAAAAUCCAUUUGUAUGGAGAAACAGGAAAGAGCCCUUCACCAAACAAAGAACUUGCAUACUUUGAUACAAAUUUUGGAGUCAGGUUUGGGAUAUUCACUUGCUUUGACAUAAUAUUUGAAGACCCUGGAGUUAUUUUGGCCAAUGAGUUCAACAUUACUCAUUUCAUAUUUCCUACGGCUUGGUUUUCUGAGAUGCCUUUUCUUACAGCCAUUCAGGAGCAGUUUUACUGGUCAUACUCUCAAGACGUGGUGUUACUGGCCUCUGGUUACAAUGAUCCGUCGGUUGGCAGCUCUGGUACCGGAAUCUACCUUGGACGUCGUGGCCCAGUAGCCUACAACAUGUCAGAGGCCAGACAAACAUUUAUGCUACAAGCCGACGUACCUAAGAAACUCCGAUCAGGACUAGGCACUGAAGAAGGCAAGGAAUUAUUAUCCGAAAUAUUAAUUCUGGAUGAUGAAAUGGAAGAAACCAAGUCAACAUUUCAGGAUACACCUGAAAACACUAAUAAAAUAAAACUAAAACUAGAAAAAGCUCUGAAAAUGUAUACAAACAAAAGUAUAAUUCCUCCUGAAUCACCAAUUCACAUUAUUGAUGGGAGGAGUUUCUAUGUUGACUUUACAGUUAAUGAGAAUAUCUGCCAAAACAGCUUGUGUUGUGUAUUCGACCUAGCUAUCAGAGCGGUUUUUAGUAAAUCCCACCAAGAAACCACAAGAGGUGAUGAUUAUUCACAGAUGUUUUAUCGUCUGGCGGUGUUUGAUGGGGUGCGAGACUAUGAUAGAGUUGAUUAUGGUGGGGUACAAGUUUGUGCGAUCAUUCCAUGUGCCAACUCUGACCACUCCUCUUGUGGUUUAAGGUCAGACGAUGUAUCAGCCAAGCCUAAUAUGUUGCUUGGGUUUUACCAAACCGGUUUUGUUUUUCACUCAAUUACAAUCAGAGGGGAUUUUUCAACCAACCACUCCUUUGUGGGCCCAAACAUUCUAUUGACUGGUCAAGGAGAAAACUUUGGUUCCCUCUUGCCUUCUGAAAGUUUCAAAUUCUACGAAGCACAUCCCUCAAGAAACGGUACACAAGUAAGAUCAUUUAAGACUUUGGAACCCAUUUCUAAUCUCGUGACCGCUAGUUUGUACGGAAGAAUUUUCUCAAGGGAUGGAGAAACGGAUCAAACAGUUCAGUCACGUGCAUUCAGUAGUUUGAUUUGUUUAACUUCAUCACUAAUUAUUUGUUUUACGUCAGUUGUACUAGUUUGUAACUGAUGGCUAAGUUGGUUUUUACCGCUAUUCAAUUUUUUUGUAAGUUGCUAAUUGAAUCUAAUUUUGAAAUAACCGAAUUAAUUGUUGGAUACCUACACAUUUAACGAAUUUAUAGAGUUUUUUUAGACUAGACACUCUUUAUGUGUUUAUUAUGAUUAUGUGAGAGCAGAAACUAUUAUAUCUUUUAAUGUAUGUAUGUAACUUUUUCUUAAGUCACUACUUUUAGAUAAAAAAUGUGUUAGAAUAUAAACACAUUGAAUAUGCAAUAUAUAGCACAUAGUAACUAAAACUUUGAAUAAACAAACUAUUUUCUACGCAAAUUGUCUUGUAUGAUUUAUUUUAAAAUCAUUAGUUUACCUGUUGUUAUUAUUGGUCUAAUGGUUUAUUAGUACAGACAAAAUAGAAGAUACUUAACCUCCAAACCAACAUACACAUAUAGUAUAGUAUUGAAAAAAUGUGGAAUUUACCAAUUAUAUAACCUCCUACAUAGUUUUAAAGAUUUAUAAAUGUUUGGGUUAAGUUAUUUAGAUUGAUUUUCCUUAAAAGAAAUGUGUAGUGAAGUUAUCAAAAUCCUAUAUGCAGUAAAACCUCACUAACUCGACACCCGGUUACUCGACAGCUGGUAACUCGACACCCGGUAACUCGACAGUCCUUUUAACUUGACAGUCAACAGCAGACAGUGGGCAUGUCUAGCUGGCUUUGCUUACUAUUAGGCCUCAUGUACGAUAUGAGCGGAAAGCGGUAACCUGAGCGGCACGUAAGCGGCGGUGGUGGACGAUACAAAGCGGCACAUUUAUAACGCUUAUCAAAUUUCCCCAUU